UUAUAUAUCCCCAUGAGCUUGCAAGGGGGAAGUCAGAAAAUUUUCACUUCUGGAGCUUUGAAGACAGCUACAUUUCAAGCCAAGAUUACUAGACCUUAUGGAGAUUAUAGUAUUUUACGUUCUCGUUAUAGCGCCUAUCUUCUUCACUCUUAGUGAUGCAAGACUUCCUAUGCAAUUGUUGGAGAAACCGGAGGUGUCAAAUCAAGUGAAUAUGAAAGCUGAUUUAGAAUAUGGCGCUAGUUCUCCAUUGUCCCUCCCACCAUUACAAUCAUUGUCACCACUUUCUUUACCUGAUAGUGCUCCUCCCUAUUGUAUAAACCCACCAUUUGGUCCACCAUCACCUUCUACAACUUUGCCAUCUCCAAUAGGCCACAUUCCAGCAGCCUCUCCACCACCCUUUGCACCUAUUUUACCUAUCCAAAACCCACCUCCAAGCCCAUCUUAUAACUUUGCUUGCCCGCCCACUCACACACCGACUCCGAAAUCCCCUCAUUAUGAGCCUAGCCCACCAAAACGUGUUCCAAGCCCAUCUGGCUAUCAACCACCGAUGGUUUACCCGCCACCUGCCGUGCCGUCACCGCCACAUAAGAACCCACAAUAUGCUGUUUGGUGUGUGGCAAAACCAACAGUGCCUGAUUCAAUAAUCCAAGAGGCCUUGGACUAUGCUUGCGGGUCGGGUGCCGAAUGCAAACAAAUUCAGCCCAAUGGGCAUUGCUUUCAGCCCAAUACACUGGUUGCUCAUGCUUCAUAUGCUUUCAAUAGUUGCUGGCAGAAAACAAAGGUUCGUGGGGGCACUUGUGAUUUUGGUGGGAGUGCCAUGCUUGUCACAAUUGAUCCAAGUUAUAAUGACUGCAACUUCAUCAAUAAUUGAGCACCAAGGAUACAGACACUUUCAUAGACCAGCCAGUCCACUGAGUUCAGUGCACUGGUGUCGGGAAUAUAGUUGAAGACAAUACUUUUUGUUACAAAAUUAAUAUUCUUGUUGAAUUUAUAGGGUUUUAGCCAAUGAGUUAAAACGUAUUGCUGUGAUAUUUUCUAGUUGUUUCACAUUUUGUAUACGAAACUUCUAUAUCUUUUGCAUCUAUGUAUUCAGAUUUAUGGACAGCA